ACAACAGAAUCCAGCGAGCCUAACACGAGGAAAGACAAAUCUCUCUCUGUCUCUCUUAGCCUGAACUCGAUCUGCAAGACUUCAGAUACUCCUUGGAGUUACGCCAUGAGCAGGAUGUUUCCAGAAGUCAAGAAAACAAUCAUUCAGGUUUUCCUUGUCAGUCUUGUGUUGGGCUGGGCUAAAGCAGAGAGGUGUUCAUUUCCAUGUCGAUGUCCAUCAAAGCCGCCACGCUGUCCGUCUGGCACCAGCCUCAUUCUGGAUGGCUGUGGGUGCUGCAAGGUGUGUGCAAGGCAGCUGGGAGACUCGUGUUCCACUCAGAAACCCUGUGACCACCACAGAGGCCUGUACUGUGACUAUACUGCAAAUAUGAACAAGGUUAAUGGAAUAUGUCUUGCUCAGGAAGGAGCAACAUGUGACCUAGGUGGAGUGAUUUACCGUACUGGAGAGAGUUUUCAACCCAGCUGCAAGUACCAGUGCACCUGUAUGGAUGGAGCGAUCGGGUGCGUUCCUCUCUGUAGUGACGACAUGAGGCUGCCCUCCCCUGACUGCCCUGCUCCUCGUCGACUGAAAAUCCCAGGCAAAUGCUGUGAGGAGUGGAUAUGUGAAGACAAAGGACAUGAAAACAACUUCUUUGAAUCGGCAAUGGCAGUUUACAGAGGCAUUCCUGCGUAUGAUCCUGAUGUCAACAAUGUCCAGGAAAACUGUAUUAUCCAGACCACAGAGUGGAGUGCCUGCUCAAAGACAUGUGGCAUGGGUAUAUCUACCCGUGUUACCAAUGACAACAAGGAGUGUCGCCUGGAGAAACAGAGUCGGCUGUGCAUGAUACGUCCCUGUGGCUUGUCAUUGGAGAAAAGUAUUAAGAGAGGUAAGAAGUGUGUGCGUACUCCAAAGACUCAAAAGGCAACUCACAUUGAGUUUUCAGGCUGUGUUAGUGUUCGAUCCUACAAGCCCAAGUACUGCGGAGUCUGCACAGAUGGGCGUUGCUGCACUCCUCACACUACAAACACCUUAGACGUAGAGUUUAGAUGUCCUGAGGGGGAUACCUUCACGAAGAAAAUGAUGUUCAUCAAGACCUGUUCCUGCCAUUAUGACUGCCCAAGGGACAAUGACAUCUUCCUUGCAACGUACUACAGAAGAUUAAUUGGUGACUAUGCUGUGUAAGCAUACAGAGCCAAGUGGACUCAUAAAAAUGCCACCCCUUUAAUGGCAUUUGUAUUUAAAGGGAUAAGAUUAUUUUUAUAUAAUGACUCAUUUUGGAACAAAACAGAAUACAGGGAAUCUAAAGACAUUGGUAAAAAUACUGCUGGUUAUAAAUGGUAAUUGCCCACUGAAAACUGAACAGGAAACUAAUGAUUUUAAUAUCCAAGAAGUACCAAAAAACAUUCAUUGGACUGACUCUACCUCUGUCACCCUAGUAUCUUGCUCAGAUCCAGCUCCAAAAAUAAACUGCACUGUUGAAGGCUACUGAGGAACAGCUAAGGCAGGGCAGAGGUAAAAAGGCUGUAGGAAUUGUGAUAGUCUGGGGUCUGGAAAUCCAGAGGGCGUAAUGCUAUAUUCUUAUAACAGUCACUUGCAUUUGUUUUUUAAGGGUGAUGUGGUCCACCAUUCUUCUGAAGCAGUAGAACUAGCUAGGAUUCCACCCCUUCUCAGUUUUUGAUGCCUCUCUAUCACAUGGUCAUCAUGUUCUUUCUUCCUCAUUCUUCCUUUUCUUGAUGUAGUGGCAGGUUACUUAAUCUAUUCAUGUUAUGAAAGUAUGAGUAGCCCUUAGUACAAAGUGCUUCCAGUAAUUCUAAUUAAAUAGCAUUCAUUUAAAAAUGAUGUAAGGCUCCACUGCAUAUUUAAACAGCUCUUAACUUGAUCACCCCAAAUUAAUUGGCACUGUGCUCGGAGUGCUUCAUUCUUUUCACACUGCAGCUCAUUGUUGUUGAGUCCAUGUGAUAUUACUCACAGUGUUUUAUACCCAACACGCAUGACAAAAGUGCCAGCUGUGUGCAGCCAUCCCAGAUGUGCAAUGCAUCAAGGGAGAUAUAUGCAAAUCACCGUAAAAACUGUAAAACCUGCAGUUUUAAGAAUUAUGUCAAAUAAUGUUCCAUAACAGUCACUCUAACCAAAAUGUGUACUAAAAACAGAUAGUUCACUGACAUCCCUUUAGAACCAGUUUGAUAUUUUUUAGCUACAGUUAGUCUUCCCCAAAUAUAGCCCAUUUUCCUUUCAUUAAUGUUGUUAUCCUCUCUGAGGUGUGAUCCUCUAAACAAGUUUCUUAGCUUUAUUUUCAACAACUGCUUAAAACAGCUUUUACCUCAUUGCUUCUUAUAAGCUUCCACACAAACAAAGGUUUCUUCCCAAUACACCAUAUGGGGUGAUAACAUUCUCUCUAGAUACAACAUUUUUCAAAGUUCAUUAAAUCUUUGUUUUCGGUGGUAUAUGUCCAGGUAGUUUAGCAGCAAGAGGUUGGCUUAGGCCAGUUGUGCUGAGAAGCAAUACCUUCCAUGCUUUCCCAUUUUCCCAUUUUUCAUUGACAGCGCCAUCAUGACACUCCUACCUGUUACCUUUGUCAUAUAUUUCAGUGAAGAUGCCUUCAAGUUAAUUCUGCUGGGAGCAGAUGCUCUAUUUUCAAACUUGACUCACAGACAUUUAAGCAAAAUUCAACCUUUGUAGCAUCCUACUAUUAAUCACUUCUGUUGCACUGAACACUUUGCUGCAGGAUACAUUGCUUUCUUUUAAAUGUACUGCAGCAUGCUAUGGCAGUUGGUUUCUUUCUGUGAGUUUUAUUGUAAGAUCCAUAAACUUUCUUUGGAAAGCAGAUGCUAUAGAGAUUAUCCUGGGUUACCCAUCCUUCUGUGAUUUUGUGUUGCUUAGUGUAGACUGAAGAAUCUAAAGACUUGUCUAGAAGCAAAAUCAUAGAUUAUAUGUCUUACAACACAUGCAUUUCUGAAGGACAGUGGAACACUUAGAACAAUUAAUUUUAAUCCUUUUUCUCCUUAUGUAUUCCCUUCAGUACAAUGUGUUAGAGUAGCAUAAAUCCAAAGAAUUAGACCAAACCUCAGUCCUAGCCAUGGCUUUGUAUAUACAAAAGACAUUCCUACCCUACAAAUGAGGGCGGCUUGGUUUACGUCUGAAAUACUUAUGUAAGUGGUCAUCAUACAACUAAACUUAAACCAGAAAUCAGAAAUCAUUAUUAACUCUUGAGCUGAAAAAAAAAAGAAAGACGCAUCUACUAUAGUGUGGGUUUUAAAAACAACUGCUACAUGGAUCAGCUAGUGCAUCAGAUGUACUGUAUUCUGCAAAUCUGUUUAUUUUAUACAGUUAUGAUAGCCUCAUGCAGUUUUAUCCACUUCUUUGAUCAUAAGUGGACUGUUAUCUGGGAAGGUUUUUACUAGAAUGGCAAUGGUUUAUUUUAAUUUUUAAUUUGGUACCUGGCUGAAUGAACUAUUCCAGGGUCCCUUCUCAUCCAUGACAGGGUUAAUGCAGAUAUCUAACACAUCACAGAAUCAACUGGCCUGUACAAGCAUCAACCAGUAAAAAAGGCAUCCUAAGUGCCAUUUCAUUCUAAGAAGGAUUACUGUAUACCUCUUAAGCUUUUGUUGAAUUUCUUUGUUUUAAGUCAACAUGUAUGAUGUAGUCUUUUAAAAAAAGAUGAAGUGGUUAUACACCACAGAUAGUAUCGUAAAAUUUUCAUCUCGUGCUUUUUUGUGAAGCACCUAAACUGUAGCUGAUUAUUUUGUAAAUAGAGUAAUGUAAAUAGCUUUGUACAGUUUUGUAUUAUAAUUUAUAUUAUCACAAGACUGUGACAGCUGUCAUAUUGUACUGUAGUUUUCAUACAUAGUUGUAUUUUGUCUGAAUGAGAGAAUUGAUGCACUUUAGCUGGAUGUCAAUAAAUUGCCUUUUUAUAUUUUUUUA